UCUAGCUCGCGCACGUGACUCAGCUUAGUUAGCGGCUCUUAUCCAUGCUUGCUUCGCGAUCUACAACAGCAGCAUAGCAUUACAAUAACCUCACGGAACACCUCUCCAUCAACCUCCAUCGUCGUCACCCCAUCCCCGACUCCACCGAACGCAACCCCACACUUUCGCGCUUAGCUAUAGCCUGCCAUGGAUCGGUUCCACCGCAUGAUUGCCCAGCAGAUGGGCGGGAUGAGUGCCCCACCAGGCACCGACGCACCCGUGAUAGAUAACUCCGAGACGGUCUACAUUUCCUCGCUCGCGCUGUUGAAGAUGUUGAGACACGGAAGAGCAGGUGUACCGAUGGAGGUUAUGGGAUUGAUGUUGGGAGAGUUCGUUGACGAUUACACUGUGCGCGUGGUGGAUGUGUUUGCUAUGCCACAGAGUGGAACGGGAGUCUCGGUCGAAGCUGUGGAUCCGGUUUUCCAGACCAAGAUGAUGGAUAUGUUGAAGCAGACCGGACGACCGGAAACAGUCGUCGGCUGGUAUCACUCGCAUCCUGGCUUCGGAUGCUGGCUGUCCAGCGUUGAUAUCAACACUCAGCAGUCGUUCGAGCAGCUGACACCGCGCGCCGUGGCGGUGGUCAUCGACCCCAUCCAGUCGGUCAAGGGCAAAGUUGUGAUCGACGCCUUCCGACUAAUCAACCCGCAAGCCUACGUCCUCGGACAGGAAGCGCGCCAAACCACCUCCAACCUCGGCCAUCUCAACAAGCCGUCGAUCCAAGCUCUCAUCCACGGCCUCAACCGUCACUACUACUCGAUCGCCAUCAACUACCGCAAGACGCUCCUCGAGGAGAACAUGCUCAUGAACCUGCACAAGACGGUGUGGACCGACUCACUCACCAUGAAGGACUUUAAGUCGUCGGCGCAGGACAACCAGGACCGGUUACAGCGCAUGGUUGUGCUCGCGGAGCAGUACGAGAAGCGCGUCAAGGAGGAGAACGAGCUGACCAAGGACCAACUGAAGACGAGAUACGUCGGAAAGGUGGAUCCGAAGAAGCAUCUCGAGGAGCUGGGUAAAAUCGGCAUCGAAGAGAACAUCGUGUCUGCCCUGGUCGAGAUGGUCGAUAAGGAGGCGAGUAUCGCGAGCGAUGGCCUCUCGAAGCUGCGCGUGGAGGAGGUCGACGAUGCGAUGGAUGCGGACUAGCGGAGUCAUGUACAUUAGAUCUGGGAAUGUUGCGUUUUUUGUUUCUGGUGCGAUUGAGUGAUGCUUCAUGACGUUUCCAUGCAUGUUGUACCGGUGACCUCGCUCGUCUAUCUCAAUCGAAUGGCCACGUCUCGGUCGGAUUCAAAGCAGCAGUAGUAUGAUUCCCAAAGUCUGUACGCUUGGGCAAAACCUUCGCCGCAAGUGUAGACCGAUUCGUAGUGAUUCCCAACUGCACCGCGCCACACUCGUCGACGGCUAUUCAACCUCAACAGAAGGAGCUGAAAUGUGGGUAGUCGUGCUUGGAAUACAGGCUAGCUAGAAAGUAGCUAGAUAGUUGUAGAUUCGUAGAGAUGAUCUGAAGAC